AGCUGGUUAAGAUGCUGCUUUUUACAGAGGUCACUCACUAUCUGGAUUUCAAAGUGACUGAAGGGAGCUUUGUUUAUGAGGGAGGAAAAAUCUACAAGGUUCCUACCACUGAAGCAGAAGCCCUGGCAUCUAGCCUAAUGGGGCUGUUUGAAAAACGUCGAUUCAGAAAAUUCCUGGUGUAUGUUGCCAACUUUGAUGAGAGUGAUCCUAGAACUUUUGAGGGCAUUGAUCCUAAGAAGACGGCAAUGCGAGAGGUGUAUAAGAAAUUUGACCUGGGCCAAGAUGUUAUAGAUUUUACUGGUCAUGCCCUGGCACUUUACAGAACUGAUGACUAUUUAGAUCAACCAUGUUGUGAAACCAUUAAUAGGAUUAAACUUUACAGUGAGUCUUUGGCAAGAUAUGGCAAAAGCCCAUACCUUUAUCCACUCUACGGCCUUGGAGAACUGCCACAAGGAUUUGCACGGUGAGAGCCCAUGUUUAAUCUUUGUGCUAAAACCUCACUGAUC